AUGGAGAAGACCACCAAGAUCACUGAGUCCAGCCAUCACCCCAACACUGCCAGGCCCACCACUAACCCACGUCCUGAAAGGGCGGCUCCCUGGGUUCCCCGUCCGGGCCGGGUCCCGGCGCGCUGCUCCAGCCCCGGUCCAGACCGAGAUGGCCACGCUCGACGCCGACGCUCGACGCCACCGGCGGCGCGUGGCGGCGGCAGCGCCCGCCGCGCCCGGAGCCCUCUUCGGGACUACAACACCCAUAGUGCCCCGCGGCGGCGGUUCCGGGCGGCGGCGGCGGCGGCACCUCCUCGGCGCCGCGCCCGGUGCGUGGCGGUGCUGCGGAAGAUGGGCCCCGAGCGCGUCUGUCCCCGGGAGCCCGGGCCGCCGGAGGGCCCUGACGGCGCGGCGGCGUGGAGCGGCGAUGAGGAGGAGGAGGAGGAAGAAGAGGAGGAAGGCGGCGGGUACUUGUACCAGCCGCUGAGCCAGGAACCGGAGCAGGGCCUGGGCGACGCGGGCCCCGGCCUGCAGGAGCGGCUGCAGAUGCUGAGGCUGCACCUGCCCGACCCGCCGGUGGACAGCGAGGAGGAGGAUGAGGAGGAGGCAGCGGGAGGCGCCGCGGCUCAGAGCAGCCACAGCUCCAUCCCCAUGGACGCAGAGCAUGUGGAGCUGGUGAAGAGGACGAUGGCCAGCGUGAAGCUGCCCACCCUGGGCAUCCCUGCCUGGGCCAGCCAGAUCUCGGAGGAGCAGUGGAAGGACGUGGUGCGGCGCACGCUGCAAGCGCGGCAGAGCCUCGGCGGCCCCCGGCCUCAGUGGAAUUGAGGGUUGAGCUGCAAACCACAGCCCUCCCUCCGCCCUGGAAGCGCCCACUGCCCCCGAGCCAGGUGCUGACAGGACUUGCCAGUAUCAACCUUCCCCUUUGUCCCAUUGACAUUGUCUGAUUUCCCUUCCCACUCCUUUUUCUUGGUUCUGGCUGCUGCAUAAGUCAAUGUGGUGACCUUGUGCUGGCUUCCUCUGCCUCUGAGGAGGCAGAUUGGUUUCCAUGUCUGGAUGCACAGGGGGUGAUGGGGCUUGGCUGGCUUUGCCCAGAUUCCCUCAGGACAAAGCCUGGACUUGGCCAGGGCCCCUCCUCUCAGGAUAGGGUCGGUGUGGUGGAAUAUCACAGGUGGAGCAAGAUGUGUCAUUCCAAGAGAUCGGUUUUAUUUAGUUCUGUACAUACAGGGACAUCUGUACAAAAUCCAACACUUUCAUACUAUGUAAUGCUCUACUGAAAAUAAAGUACACCAUAUGUACAUAUGAACUGUAA